AUGGCAGUUGAUGGUAGAGGUGGAGGCGGUAGCAAUGGCAGUGGUGGUAGUGGUGGUGGUGGCGGUGGCAAGGGUCGUGGUGGCAAUCGUUGCAGAGAUGAUUAUGGUAGAGGUAGCAGAUAUGGUGGUGGCAGUAGCGAUGAAAGAAAUACAGGAUUAACCGAGGCUGUUCAAACAGGCAAAGGGCAACUAAACGGUAUUACCGUAGCAAUUAGGGUUAUCGAUUUUCAGUUUAUGGGAGGUAGUAUGGGAUCCGUUGUCGGGGAGAAAAUUACCCGUUUGUUUGAAUACGCUACUAAAGAAUUUCUACCUCUUAUUAUAGUGUGUGCUUCCGGAGGGGCGCGCAUGCAAGAAGGAAGUGUGAGCUUGAUGCAAAUGGCUAAAAUAUCUUCUGCUUUAUAUGAUUAUCAAUCAAAUAAAAAGUUAUUCUAUGUACCAAUUCUUACAUCUCCUACUACCGGUGGGGUGACAGCUAGUUUUGGUAUGUUAGGGGAUAUCAUUAUUGACGAACCCAAUUCCUACAUUGCCUUUGCGGGUAAAAGAGUAAUUGAACAAACAUUGAAUAAAACAGUAUCUGAGGGUUCACAAGCGGCCGAUUAUUUAUUCCAGAAAGGCUUAUUCGAUUUAAUCGUACCGAUAAAUGUGGCCACAAUGGUGGUGUAA